AUGACACGAAUUGCCACGAGGUACUACGACAUUCUGGAGGUGCCGCGGAAAGCAAAGAAAGAGGAGAUCAAGGAAGCGUAUCGGCGCCUUGCGAAACGUUACCAUCCAGAUCGAAACGUUGAUGAUCCGGAGGCAGAAACGCGCUUCAAGGAGAUUCAGGAGGCCCACGCCACGCUGAGCGACUCCUGGAAGAAGGCACUUUACGAUCAGGACCUACAGUUCAGCAAGUUCGGGACUGGUGUUACACAAGAGGUCGAGAGAGAAAGAUGGACUGAGCACUGGGAGAAGGAAACACCGGAGGAAAGAGAAGCACGAAAGGAGCGCUACAAACGCUACGCAGCUGGUGAGCGCAACGAUCUGCCUCCGGACAAGAUGUAUUCCAGCUGGUGGCCAGCCACUGUGGUCUUCGUAGUCGGUGGCGUCUUCUACGUGUGCGUGAAGGCGCCCGAGUGGCAAGAGGGCCAGCCACACUUUUGUGACCCAAUGUACGAUGACAAGAGCGUGCCCCUGGUCCGUGCCUUUCACGAUCCGGUGCGAAACCGGUGGGAGCGCCUGCCAGAGGGCCAGGAUCCUCCAACACCUCGGCAGCUCUACAGCUACUACCAAAAGAAAAAGCCGGAGCUCUUGGAAGAGGUGGACAUCCGGAUUCUUCCGAAGGUGAGCCUGACAGUCCUGAACGUGCCAAAGACGUCCGCGGCAAAGCCUAGUUUUCCUAUCAGCGCAAAUGCUGGAUGA